GUGUCAUCGCGGAAACAUGAACGUCUUCUGUAGAAAGUCGACUGUUGCUGGAGUGAAACGGGACCUUUUGCAGGGAUUGUCACACGGCACUACUGCACGCGGACGUUGCUCAUGUCUUAUAAUUGCAUCGAGGCGAUAUCACGCAAGUCAUGUACUCCGAGAAACCAGCACGGCCUCCCAUCCUGAACUUGAUGAAAAACUACACGCAGUUCUAGCAGACUUUAAUGCACCAGUGAGAUACGCGGUUGCUUAUGGCUCAGGCGUCUUUCGGCAGAAAGGAUACAAGCAGACCAGUGUGGGCGCGAAGGAUGCACCAAUGGUUGAUUUUAUAUUCGGUGUCACUCAUCCGGAGCACUGGCAUUCGCUAAAUAUUCGACAAAAUCGUCACCAUUAUUCUGCGUUAGCAUACCUGGGGAGCAAUGUUGUAUCGAAGGUGCAGGAGCGAGUAGGAGCCGGCGUGUAUUUUAAUCCAGACGUACAUGUGGGAGGGAUGAGGAUCAAGUAUGGUGUAGUAUCAAUGGAUCGCCUCAUCCGAGAUUUAAUGGAAUGGGAAACCUUGUAUCUGGCUGGACGUCUGCAGAAACCCGUCAAAGUAUUGCGAGAUGAUGCCCGAGUCAGCCUCGCAAAUCGUAAAAACCUUCGAACGGCCGUGCGCACAGCUUUGCUGCUUCUCCCCCAGCACUUUACUGAAGAAGAACUAUUUACCACGAUUGCAGGACUGUCAUAUAAAGGGGAUUUCCGUAUGCGCUUUGGGGAGAACCCUCAUAAAAUUUACAACAUAGUAUACACUCAGAUGGACGCUUUUCGAGAGAUAUACAAGCCCAUUGUAGAGGAUCUGCCAAAUGCGAACUACCUACCUGAUGGAACCAUAGAGCAAGACUACAACGUGAGACUACGGGCGUCGCUGGUUCAGAAACUACCCAAGCACAUGAAUGCAUUGGUGCAGAAUUAUCACCGGUGGUACAUUUCCCGUACGGAGAAAAUAAGGCAGCUAGACAUACAAGAGCCAGAGCUGUCUGCCUCUGUAGUCUCAUCGCCCGAAUUGCCCCGAUAUAUAGAAAAAAGUUUGGCAGACAUUGUAAGACGUCCGGCAAUCACCCAGUCGAUCAAAGGAGUGUUUACGGCUGGGCUCGGUCGGGCAUUUGUAUAUGCGAAGAACAAGCUGGCAAAAUUCAUUGCUGGUCGGAGCCGCGCACCAUAGGGCCGGCAUUGUAACUUACAAUAACGUGAUAUGCGGAAAUACAUGCAACUUACCCCAUCC